AUGCGGUAUAGCACUGUCCCUUUCCCCUCUUCUCCCCACCAUUCCCGUCCCGCCGUGUUGUGUCCCUCCUUUUCCCGUCCUUUCCCGUUCCGUCCCAACCCUUCCCGUCUCUCAAACUCCCUAAUCUCUUCCGUUCCCCCCUUCCCAAUCACUUCCCUCCUGUCCCCGCACCGUUCCGUCCUCCCAUCCCCUUCCCAACCCUCCCCGCCCCUUGCUGUCCCUCCCCGUCCCUUCCCGUCCCUUCCCGCCCCUUCCCGCCCCUUCCUGCCCCUUCCCGUCAUUUCCCGUCCUUCUUGCCCCUUUCCGUCCCUUCCCGUCCCUUCCCGUGCCUUCCCGUCCCUUCCCAUCGCUUCCCGUCCCUUCCUGCCCCUUCCCGCCCGUUCCCGCCCGUUCCCGUCCGUUCCUGUCCGUUCCCGUUCCUUUCCCUCCCUUUCCGCCCCUUCCCGUCCCUUCCCGUCCCUUCCCGUCCUUCCUGCCCCAUCCCAAUAA